GAAACCGCCCGCAGCCUCCAGUGACCACAGUCUGUCUGUCUAGUCCCUUUGCUGCAAGUUGCAUAAAGUUGCAAGCGCUUGCCUCGCAUCCCGGAUCCUGAAAAGGAGUACUCCAGUAUUCUAGUUUGUUCCGAGGAGGGGAGCCCUGUGAUUAAGCCUUCAUUCUGGCAGAGAGCGAUUCUUGGUUGACACAGAGAUGACAAGUAUCUUGGCUGAAUGUUCAAGCGGAAGGGCUCAUUAUGAUCCUGCCCCUACAGGAGUGUGAGCAGCACUGCUGCAGCAACCAAGGCUCAGGUCCACAUCUUGGGAAGGAUAUGGCCACUUCCUGGGGUGCUGUCUUUUUCAUGCUGACGAUAACCUGUGUUGGCAGCACUGUCUUCUACAGAGAACAGCAGACUUGGUUUGAGGGUGUCUUCCUGUCUUCCAUGUGCCCCAUUAAUGUCAGUGCCAGCACCUUUUAUGGAAUAAUGUUUGAUGCAGGCAGCACUGGAACUCGGAUUCAUGUUUACACUUUCGUGCAGAAAACAGCAGGACAGCUCCCCUUUCUGGAAGGUGAAAUUUUUGAUUCUGUGAAGCCAGGACUUUCUGCUUUUGCAGAUCAACCCAAGCAGGGUGCUGAGACUGUUCAAGCACUCUUAGAGGUGGCCAAAGACUCAAUCCCCAGAAGUCACUGGAAAAGGACCCCAGUGGUUCUGAAAGCAACAGCUGGACUGCGUUUACUGCCAGAACAGAAAGCCCAGGCUCUGCUCUUAGAGGUAGAGGAGAUCUUCAAGAUGUCACCUUUCCUAGUCCCAGAUGACAGCGUUAGCAUCAUGGAUGGAUCCUAUGAAGGCAUAUUAGCUUGGGUUACUGUGAACUUUCUAACAGGUCAACUGCAUGGCCACGGUGAGGAGACUAUGGGGACCCUUGACCUGGGGGGUGCCUCCACCCAGAUCACAUUUCUACCCCAGUUUGCGAAAACCCUGGAACAAACGCCUAGGGACUACCUCACUUCCUUUGAGAUGUUUAACAGCACUUUUAAGCUCUAUACACAUAGUUACCUGGGAUUUGGAUUGAAAGCUGCAAGACUGGCAACCCUGGGAGCCCUGGAAACAGAAGGGACUGAUGGGCAUACUUUUCGAAGUGCCUGUUUACCAAGAUGGCUGGAAGCAGAGUGGAUCUUUGGGGGUGUGAAAUACCAGUAUGGAGGCAACCAAGAAGGGGAGAUGGGCUUCGAGCCCUGCUAUGCAGAAGUGCUGAGGGUAGUGCAGGGGAGACUCCACCAGCCAGAAGAGAUUCGGGGAAGCUCCUUCUACGCCUUCUCCUACUACUAUGACCGAGCUGCCGAUACACACUUGAUUGAUUAUGAAAAGGGCGGUGUUUUAAAAGUUGAGGAUUUUGAAAGAAAAGCCAGGGAAGUGUGUGAUAACUUGGAGAGCUUCACCUCAGGCAGUCCUUUCCUAUGCAUGGAUCUCAGUUACAUCACAGCUUUAUUAAAAGAUGGCUUUGGCUUUGCAGAUGGCACCCUCUUACAGCUCACAAAGAAAGUGAACAACAUAGAGACGGGCUGGCCUGGGAGCCACCUUUCACCUGCUGCAGUCUCUGGGCAUCUCCAGCUGAGGCUAAGCAUGUCCUUGGAAACCUGCAUUUCUGAACUUUUUUUUACAGGAAGGAGAGGACUCAGGCAUUGUCUGAACUACUCUGGGGAUAAGCCUGUACUAAAACCCAUUGACUGGCUUUCUUAUGAGGGAGGGGGUUUAUAGAUGAGUGUUACCCCUUGAGCCUAGUGAUUUGGGCUUAAUCAAUUUUGCACAUCUAAUGUGAACAACUCCCUAACCACUUGGCAAGUGCACAGCUGGUGCCAGAGUACAAAUCUUUUGAGAUUCUUUGUAUGUCACAGAGUCCUGUGAAGAAAAUAGAGUAGGUUUGGAACUCCAUGUUAGAUUGGGAGUUCAGAGAACGGUCCCUGGGAACCAAAGAAAAAUCUCAUUUCAACCCUUGGAGUGCCUCAUUCCUUUGAAUGUUUUAGUUUUUGUUUUUUUUGCUUAUAAGCUAAAUUAAGCUGACUUACUGAAGUCCCAUAAGCUAUCAAUACUGGUAGUUUAUUUUUUUCUUCCUACCCUUAUUACAUCCCUACCCUAAGACCCAAGGUGGGAAAUACCUGGUUUUGCUUUCCAUCUAUCUAUAAUUCAAAGGGCGGAAAAGAUACUAUAUUAAAUUUGUAUGAUUCUGUGGCACAGUAGAUUAACCAAUUUAGAGCUUAGAGUUGUCCUGGGUAUUUAAUUUUUAGAUAGGGGUCAUGUUAUGUUGUUCAGGGUGGCCUGGUACUUACUGUGUAACCCAGGCUACCUUGAAUUAUCAAUUCUCCUGCCUCAGCCUCUUGAGUCUUGGGGUUACAGGUGUGAGCCAUCAUGCUCACCUCAUUUUAAAGCUUAGCAAGAUGGAGAGAGUACCUCUUUAACUGUGCCUGGAUUAGAGCUGUAAGGAAGAGGCCUCCUGGCUGCAAGGGACAGCUGUUGCUUCCUUACUACCUUCACUUCCCAGUCUACUAGUCUCUGGGCUAGUGAACACCCAGCCUUAGAGAUGUGUGCAUACCCAGUGCCAGCACCGCCUCCCAGGCCAGUGUGUUUAAACUAGUACCUUUGUAUUUCUGUGAAAUACAACUGCACCCUAGUUUUGGUCUGUGGUUAGAAGUUAGUGUGUGUGCUAUCUGAAUCUAAACAUUACCAACGCUGUCAGUUUGUCUUUUGGGGGUCAGGGUGUGGAAAGUGCUGGGGAUUGAACUCAGGACUUCUUGCAUGUUAGGCACAAUGUGCUACCACCAUGCUUUUAUAUUAGUGCUUUCCUGCCUGGGCCCUUGCUGAUUUUAGCUACUGCUUUCUGAAUUUCUUGUCUAGCUCAGGGUUUCAUAUCCCCUUUCCAGUGAGACCCAACAUCUGAUUUCAUUGGCUCUCUUGGCCCAUGUCAGAACAAGGACUGACAUUUCUAGAGAACCAUAUUUUUUCUCUCAGGCCACUCUGUGUUGAAGUUGAACACAGGUUGUCAUGCAUAGUAAGCAUGGGUGCUCUACUACAUUAUAGUCAUUAUCUUAAAAUUUUUGCCAGGCAGUGGUGGCACACACUUCUCAUUCUAGCACUUGGGAGGUAGAGGCAGGUGGAUCUCUGAGUUUGAGGUCAUCCUGGUCUACAGAGUGAGUUCUAGGACAGUCAGGGCUACACAGAGAAACCCUAUCUUGAAAAAAACCAGAAAAACAAAAAAGUCAUCAUGUCGUUUCUUGUGUGACCGAUUGGCUUGCCUCCUGCUCAGCUCUGGGUCUGAAAGGUCUCUGCUGCUCAGGUCCUCUAUCGUAGCACUUUACCCCUUCCUUCUCCCUCACUAGUCACCUCCUUCCUUCCACUCCUCACAAAGGAUGUGAACAUGCCUGGCCCCAUGGAAGGCCCCGGAAGCUUCUUUUUGAAGCCAUUGCAUUGAGUCAAUGCGUAUUACCGACUGCUGUGUAAAAAAGUAGGCGAAUGUGUAAACCCCCCCCCCCCAAUUUUAGGAGUUUUGUUCUGUUUUGAUUAAAUGUGCAAUUUCUUCAGAUUUUCACACUGAGAAUAUGCCUUGAAACCAGUUUCACUGUUGCUUAAGUUAGACUUGAGUUCCCUAGACACAAAUUAUCAUUCACCUUAGACAGCACAUACUAUAGGAAGGCAUGCUGAGCCUGGUUCAAACUUCUAUUACUAGUUCAUCUUCACUUACUGUCUCCUUCAAAGCAAUGCUCCCAGGUACACCUUGAAUUCCAGCACCUGGAAGACCGAGGUGGGGGGAUCUAUCUCUUGAGUUCAAGGUCAGCCUGGUCUACAGAAUGAGUUCCAGGUCAGGGCUGUUACAUAGAGACACCCUGUCUCAAAAAAACAAAACAAACAAGAAACCCACAAUGUUCACACAUAAUGAAACAGAUUUUCUAUAUCAAAAACAGCCCACAGAUAAAAUCUAAUUUCCUAUGUAAUGCACACUCAGUGUACCUAGCAGGUUUCUCCAUCCAGCUUGUUUCCACUUAGAAGGUCACUGGUUUUUAUAGGUUCAUUAGCUAAGAGCUACCUCCUUUUGUUCAGUCAUCUGUCUCCUACUCCAAAAGCUUUUAGAAUCUUUGAAGGUAACUAAAUUUUUAUGGCUUUUAAAAAAAAAUGAGGCGUACUUUCUAGGCUGUUUACCAGGUCUACUAAAAAAAAAAAAAAAAUUAGACCAGUCAUAGUCCACUUAAUGCUGUUUCAGUUGAGAGAAACUGAGCUGCUUCCCCAAGAGUAAGCUCUACAACAGGCCUUAUAGCACAGGCCUGUAAUCAUAGCUAACUUGGAGCUGAGGCAGGAGGAUUACAAAUCAGACUUACUACAUAGCCAAUUUGAGGCCAUUGGGCAACACAGUAAGACACUCAAAGUUUUGAAAGAGAGAGGAGUUUCAAGAUUUCAGUGGGGCUGGAGAGAUGGCUCAGAUGUUAAGAGCACUGGCUGCUCUUCCAGAGGCCCUGAGUUCAAUUCCCAGCAACCACAUGGUGGCUCACAACCAUCCGUUAUGAGAUCUGGUGCCCUCUUCUGGGGUGCAGGCAAAACACUAUACACAAAAAUUAAAAAAAAAAAAAAGAUUUCAGUGGCAAAGCAUGUCAGGUCCUAGAUUCAAUCCCCAGCACUAAAUAAAGCAAACAGCUCCAGCUGACAAUUUGAGUUCCCGGUCUUUCUACCACAGGUGGCAUCUGAAGCCUCAGACACAGGCACUGUAACUGUGAAGUGCAUAUUGUCCCACAGAAACCUUUGGUUACCUUGGACACUGCCAGAACUCUUAAAUAGAUGGAUUCUCACUUCAGUAAUUUACCUGCAUACAUCCUGCUAAUCAUGACCAGUGUCUGGAGAUUUACCAGUUUGUUCUUUUUAAUACAAUUUGGAGUGUUAAUUUUUCUUAGGAAAAAAAGAUAUGGGCCUUUUCUUAUUAUUGUUUGAAACAGUUUCUCUGUGUAGCCAUGACUGUUCUGGAACUGAGAUCCACCUGCCUCUGCCUCCCGAAGUACUGGGAUUAAAGGCGUUCACCACCACCUAGCAACAUGGGCGUUUUUCACCAAGGGGGUCCUAUGUGUGUUGAUGUUGCUGGCAAGUCCCAUCUCUGUGAAAAUGUAAAUAUAUUUUAAAUACCCGG